UUGAUUGAUUAAACAUCAAUUUCCUCUUUCCUCUGCUAAAAGGAAAGGAAGAUACGAGAACGAUAGACUUGAGAGCUUUUUACAUUCUUUAGAAUCGCUCUUGUAAAUGUAAGCUGAUCCGGUUUUCUGCGGAAUCGGAUUUCCCCUCCUUUUUAAAAAAAAAUAAUAAACAAUUGGCGCCAAAUCCCAUGACGGUCGAGAACUGUACCGAAGCAUCGCCGUCGCUGAAUGUCGGUAGCUCAUCUCCGUCGGAGAAGGAUCUGGCCACCGGAGAUUACGCUGAGCGGGACUCGGAGGAGUUGCUGGUUCCGCCGCUGAACUUCGCGAUGGUCGAUAAAGGCAUAUACCGGUCUGGUUUCCCCGAUUCCGCUAACUUCGGCUUCUUGAAGUCCCUUCGACUCCGUUCCAUCAUAUGUUUGUGUCCAGAGACCUAUCCGCAAGCUAACAAUGAGUUUUUGAAGACUAAUGGGAUUAAACUUUUUCAGCUCGGGAUCGAUGGCUGUAAGGAACCUUUUGUAAACAUUCCUGAGGAAACAAUUCGUGGAGCACUGAAAGUUGUCCUCGAUGCGAGGAACCACCCACUUUUAAUUCACUGCAAACGGGGAAAGCACCGCACGGGUUGUGUGGUGGGAUGCUUAAGAAGAUUGCAAAGAUGGUGCCUGUCUUCUAUUUUCGACGAGUACCAGAGGUUUGCUGCUGCCAAGGCCAGAGUGUCGGAUCAGAGGUUCAUUGAAUUGUUUGAUAUAUCCAGCUUGAAGCAAUCGCCAAUGUCGAUUUCAUGCUCAAAGAGAAAGUAGCAUAGCAAGGCAGAAGGCAUUGCUUCCUCUGAAGAAAAGAAGAAAAAAGCUUUUGGAGGGGCAAUUGAUGGAGAUAGCAAAAUAUAGCGGAUGACGGACGAUAUCUUUCUUCUUCGUCUUCUUCUUUAGCAGUGUUGUUAGGUAAUAUAAGUUGGGUGUCCGUUUUUGUUUGUAUUAACAUUUUACGAUUUUUAUCUUCUCCUUUCCCCUCAUUACCCCCCUCAAAGUCUCUGUGUACUUUUUUUGUGUUCUUUUGGAACAAAGAAAGGCUAAAGGUAGGGAGGAUUGGGGAUGAAACUCUCUCCCUAACACAAAUUUAAUCCAAUGAUAGUUAUUACACUCAAAA